AUGUUUGCUGUGGGCUGCAGCAUGGGCCCCAUCCUGCACUACUGGUACCUGUGGCUGGAUGGGGCCUUCCCUGCCCGGGGUGUCAGGGGCUUGAGGACAGUCCUGAAGAAAGUCCUGAUCGACCAACUGGUGGCAUCACCUGCCCUGGGAGCCUGGUACUUCCUGGGGAUGGGAACCCUGGAGGGCCAGACUCUGGCAGCCAGCUGGAAGGAGCUGAAGGAGAAAUUCUGGGAGUUCUACAAGGCUGACUGGUGCAUCUGGCCGGGGGCUCAGCUCAUCAAUUUCCUCUUUGUCCCCCCAAAAUACCGGGUGAUUUAUGUCAACAUCAUCACGCUGGGCUGGGACACCUACCUGUCCUACCUCAAACACAGG